AUGGUCCGUGCAUCUUUGCGGGCGAGCGAGCGCUCUCUCUCGCCAGGGGUCCAUCCCACAAAAUCAUUUUUGCCCUCCAAAUCCAAAACCACGCAAAGACAAUCCCUCCAUCCGACCAGACAAGACUCCCCUCCCGCCGUCGCCAAAUCCCCCUCAAAUACCGCCAAGAUGCCUCGCGAAAUCGGUGAUAUCAAGCAGUUCAUUGAGAUUGCCCGGAGAAAGGACGCUUCCUCCGCUCGCAUCAAGCGCAGCAACAAGAACGCCCAGAUCAAGUUCAAGGUCCGCUGCCAGCGCCACCUGUACACCCUCGUCCUCAAGGACUCCGACAAGGCCGAGAAGCUCAAGCAGUCCCUUCCCCCUCAGCUCCAGAUCAAGGACGUCGCCAAGAAGAACCCCAAGGGCAAGUCCGCAUAA